GUACUGUCUGGUUGCGGUGUCUACGAUGGAACAGAAAUCCAUGAGGCCUCAGCCAUACUGGUACAUCUUAGUCGUGGGGGAGCUGAGGUUCAGAUGUAUGCUCCAGAUGUUCCUCAGAUGCAUGUCAUUGAUCACAGUAAAGGGCAACCAGCUGAAGCUGAGUCCAGGAAUGUUUUAGUGGAAUCUGCAAGGAUUGCUCGUGGUAAAAUUGCAAGCCUGGCUAAACUUACUACAGCAGACCAUGACGCUGUGAUAUUCCCUGGUGGAUUUGGAGCUGCUAAAAACUUAUCUACCUUUGCUGUUGAUGGGAAAGAUUGCAAGGUGAACAGAGAAGUUGAACGUGUCUUGAAAGACUUCCACAAAGCAGGCAAACCUAUUGGUCUUUGCUGCAUUUCACCAGUGUUGGCAGCAAAGGUUCUCUCUGGUGCUGAAGUAACUGUGGGCCAUGAAGAGGAGGAAGGUGGCAAGUGGCCUUAUGCUGGGACUGCAGGAGCCAUUAAAGACCUGGGAGGAAGGCAUUGUGUGAAAGAAGUAACUGAAGCUCAUGUGGAUACAAAAAACAAGGUGGUGACUACCCCAGCAUUUAUGUGUGAAACAGAAUUACAUAAUAUCUUUGAUGGCAUUGGGGCCAUGGUAAAGAACGUGCUAAAACUAACUGGCAAGUAAAAAAAAAAAACUUCAUAAAUGUUUAAAUUUAGGGUGUAGUAUCCAAUACAAUAUGGACCAAUGGAAACAUUUUCACCUGCUUGUCUUGUUCACACUCUAGUGAAUGCUGAUACGAAGCUGAUUGAUUCCCAGCUGCAGGGUUUUCUGUGCCCUUCCUGAGAGAGGGGCCUGCAGAAGGGCUUGUGGAGUAUGAGCAGUCUGGCCUGAGCCACAGAGCAGUUUCUUGAGCUUUUUUAGCUGGAG